CGGACAGAGGAAGUGUAAAAAAGAAUCAGACAAUCUACUGAAUGUGAUCUAUGCUGUGAAAGGCAUUCCCUUUUCACACCUGCCAUAUAAAGCAAAGUCUAAACCCACUCUGGCGUCAGUGACUUUUGUGUGGAGGUGUUUAACUCCUGGAUAGUAGAAAGUGGUUCUACGAGGCCAGUACAGUGAAAAGGGACACCCUGCAACGACGAUGAAGUUGUUACACGCUGUAUCCAGACCAGCACGACAGACGCAGUGACACCAAGUCAGCAUAAAUGCACAUUCAAUCAGCUUAAAGAUGGAGAAAGAAGGAUAUGAAGUAAGAUCCACGACGUCAAAGAAAUCUAGCCGCUCUUCCACUGCAAGCGUAAUGUUAGCUGCCGCUACUGCCCGUGCUAAAGCUGAAGCUGCCCAAAAAAGAGCUGAGUUUGCAAAGAAGGAAGUUGAAUUUAAAAUAGAAAGAGCCAAAUUAGAUGCAAAGCUUGAUGUUCUAGCAAAAGAAAGUGAAGCUGAGGCCGCAGCCGCUGAAGCAGCUGUCUUGGAGUCUGCUGUUGCAAGUUUUGACAUGAGUGAUGAGCACCUGAGCUUACCAAAGGAGACACAGAGUUCUCAUGAGCGAACUACAGACUAUGUCAAUAUGCAUCAGGCACGCAGUGAUUCAGUCAAAUCAAAGGACAUCAAAAUAGAAAAAGGCGAGUAUGCAAAUCGACCUAAGCCACCGGACAUAUCACCGGAUGAACUGCCCUCAGCACCAAGGGACUAUGGCUCCCACAGACCCCCUGAUCAAAGACAUCACUCACCUGAAAGGCAAGGACAACAGUUACACUCCGUUAACUAUCAGCAGCACCUCAGCCAUGUCUCAACCAGGGUUUACACCGCCCUCUGCUGGACGUUUUCAGUACUACCCUCCAGAUCCAAAUUCUUCUAGGGACUCUAAUGAGCUUGCCAAAUAUUUAAUGAGAGGUCAGUUGUUAACCUCUGAACUCACCAAGUUUGAUGACAAGCCGGAGAACUAUUUAUCUUGGAAGUCAUCUUUCAUCAACGCCAUUGACACUCUAGAGCUUAGGGCGUCUGAACAAAUCGACCUCCUUGUAAAAUCACUUGGCCCAGAAUCUACCAAGCAUGCACAUCGCAUUAAAGCUGUAAACAUAACAAACCCAGCUGUGGCAUUAGAGCUAAUCUGGGAGAGGCUAGAAGAAAUCUAUGGGUCGCCAGAAGCCAUUGAAAGUGCUCUUUUCACCAAACUUGAUCAAUUUCCUAAAAUAGGGCCCAGAGACAAUCAAAAACUAAGAGAGCUGAGUGAUCUGUUGCAGGAGAUAAAUGCAGCAAAACAAGAAGGGUACUUGCAUGGACUCUCCUAUCUCGAUACAGCGCGAGGUGUCGCUCCCAUUGUGGAUAAGCUGCCGUAUGGGAUACAAGACAAGUGGAUGAUGGAAGGCUCACACUACAAGCAGCAGCACAAGGUGACCUUCCCUCCAUUCACGUUCUUCUUACAGUUCAUACAGACCCAAGCAAAGGCACGCAACGAUCCAAGCUUCAAUCUGCUGUCAACCUGCAACUCUGGAGUUAAAAGGGACAAGCUUGGAGAUGGUUACAGCAACAACCGCAGGUCAGUUUCAGUGCAUAAAACCAACGUUACGGCCAUAUCUGAGGAAGGACCGGACAAAUGUUGUCCUGUGCACAACAAACCUCACGCCUUACAACAGUGCAGAAGUUUCAGAGAAAAGCCAAUUCAGGAAAGAAAGGUAAUAUUAAAGCAACACAACAUCUGUUUCAAGUGCUGCGCUUCUAACAAACAUGUGGCUCGCGACUGUCAAGCAGAAAUCAAAUGCUCCGAAUGGAACAGUGAUAAGCACCCAACAGCUCUGCAUUCAGAUGUUCCUCGCUUUCCCAAAGCUCUUCAGCCCCCAGCAAGUCACGGCGGGGAGAAACAAGAAUUACAAGAGACUGCAGUUGUUUCAAGUUGCACUGAGGUAUUUUGAAGGAUUUUCUGGGAAAUCUUGCUCAAAAAUAUGCCUGGUUAAUGUUUAUCCUGCCAACGAUCCUAUUAAACGCCAGAGAAUGUAUGUCAUGCUAGAUGACCAGAGUAACGUUUCACUAGCACGCUCUGAGUUUUUUGACAUGUUCGAGGUUAAUGGUAAGGCAGAGCCAUACACCCUCCAGACAUGCAGUGGCAUAGGUCUCACUUCUGGCAGAAGAGCCUCUGGGUAUAUGAUAGAGGCAAUCGAUAGCUCCCUCGCUAUUCAGCUGCCCAUGUUAAUUGAGUGCAACAUGAUUCCCAACAAAAGAGAGGAAAUUCCCACUCCCUCCGCGGCUCACGCACACAGUCACCUCAAAGGCAUAGCACACAAAAUACCACCCUUGGACAGUGGUGCAGACAUUUUGCUGUUGUUUUGAAGAGACAUUUUGAGAGUUCAUAAAGUGCGCAGUCAGAUCAAUGGUCCGCACAAUGCACCAUACGCACAGAGACUGGACUUAGGCUGGGUGAUAACAGGAGAUGUGUGCUUAGGCAAUACUCAUAAGCCUUCCCAAGUCUCUACUCUUAAGACUCACAUUCUAUCGGAUGGAAGGCCAACUCAUUUUUCCCCGUGCGAAAGCCACUUUACUGUCAAGCCAGACACCAGUCUCUUAAAUCGACACUUAGUACUUGGUGGUUCAAACAUAAAGGACAGAACACAAAACAGAACUAUAGGAAACAAUGUUUUCUGCCAGACCAAGAACGACAAUAAGCUUGCACCCUCCAUGGAAGAUCUGCAGUUCCUGAAUAUCAUGGACAAUGAGUGUUUCCAGGAUGAGUCACAAAGCUGGGUGGCUCCACUGCCGUUCCGCCAGCCCAGAGCAUUGCUGCCUAACAAUCGCCGCUACGCACUCAGUCGCCUCAAGUCACUUGAACGAACUUUAGACAAAAACCCAAAAAUGAAAGUUCACCUGAUAGACUUUACCAAGUUAGAGUUGCUUCCAAGGGGAAUGUUAAGACUUAUUAUAGACCCAUUUCUGAAAUAGUUUUUCUGUUAUCUAGUGAUGUUUAGAUAUCUGUUGUGGUAUCCCUAAGAUACCAGGCGGGGAGUGUUCUGACUGUUGUCAAAUUUGUACAUGUUUUGUUUGUUUGGUUAGUGCACUGGCCCUUUAAGAGAGGCAUGGUCCGUGUGCAGACAGAGGAAGUGUAAAAAAGAUUCAGACAAUCUACUGAAUGUGAUCUAUGCUGUGAUCUAUGCUGUGAAAGGCUGAUAAAAG